AUGAUCCAGAUCAAUAUGAUCCCACUAUAUCUCAUCUCAUCCCUCCCUCUGACCACCGCCCUCUCACUCCACUCCCCAUCUCGCACCCUCAAUAGUCGCACCUCAACCUGCACACCAGUAGCAGGAGGAACAUCAACAACCGACGAUGUCCCCGCUAUAGAAUCAGCACUAUCAACAUGCGGUGACGGUGGCAUAAUUAUAAUCCCCUCCGGAACAACAUACUACAUCAACAGCGUUCUCGACUUCUCAUCAUGCAGUGGCUGUGACUUCCAGAUCGAGGGAACUCUCAAGUUCGCCUCCGACACAGACUACUGGGAAGGUCGAACCGCCAUGAUGUAUGUCAAUGGCGUAACCGGAAUGACAAUGCGAUCGCUCACCGGGAACGGAGUGAUUAACGGAAAUGGACAAGAUGCAUACGACCUCUUCGCCUCGAACAGCAGCUACGCCCGCCCAACCCUCCUCUACAUAACAGGAAGUACAAAUAUAAAAAUCAGCGGGCUAACCCAGAAAAACCCACCGAAUGUCUUCAACUCCGUAACUGGAUCAAGCAGCAACAUCCAUUUCUCCUCAUUAACGAUGUCAGCAACAUCCAAAAGCACAAACGCCGCCAAAAACACCGACGGCUUCGACAUUGGCUCCUGUACCACUGUGAGCAUCACCUCCGUCUCCGUCACAAACGACGACGACUGCGUAGCCUUCAAGCCGGGCGCGAACUACGUUACAGUCUCGGAUAUUACCUGCACAGGGAGCCAUGGAUUAAGCGUCGGGUCACUGGGGAAGUCGAAUGAUGAUACGGUGAAGAAUGUUUAUGUUUCGGGCGCGACGAUGGUUAAUUCGACCAAGGCCGCUGGAAUUAAGACUUAUCCGUCUGGUGGAAGUCAUGGGGUUUCUACGGUGUCGAAUGUGACGUGGAGUGGGGUUGUGGUUGAGGGGUGUGAUUAUGCGAUUCAGAUUCAGAGUUGUUAUGGGGAGGAUACUACUUAUUGCGAGGAGUAUCCUGGGGAUGCCGUGCUGAGUGGUGUUGUUUUUGAGGGGUUUAGUGGGACGACUAGUGGGAAGUACGGGAGUGUUACUGGGGACAUUGAUUGUGGUGCUGAAGGGAGCUGUGGGGCGAAGAUUAGUGGGUAUACGGUUGUGGCGCCGGAUGGGGAUAGUGAGGUGCUUUGUGCCAAUACGGAGGAUUUGGGGGUUACUUGUACGUCUGGAGCUUCGGGGUAG